AUGCCGCGCCAGCGUCGGUCCUUCGAGUUUGAGUCUAAGCUUGGAGACGAAAUGUGCUGUGCUCCACUCAAGUAUCUUUGGGCGUCAAGCCAAGUCAGCUCAAGCCCAUCAAACAAACUGCCCGGAAGCAAGAAAUGGGAUGAAGUGAUGAGUGGUGGCAUUGCAUGGGCACUGGAAAAGCCUGCAGCUGGUCCAUUCGUGAUCAAUUCAGACUAA